CCUGAUUGGCUGACACUCAAGUCAAUCCCUGGAACAGAGAAACAUCCAGCAAAGUCUGUGGUGCCGUGUGACGCGUGAGGCCGUUUUUGGCGCGAGAGCGGCUCGCUCAGGCGCACGCUGAUUGGCUGGACGCGCCACUGGACGGAUGCGUGUGAGAGAGGUACUAGCAAACUCCUGUGUGCAGGGAAAAAGCCGCCGCCGCCUCAGCCUCAUUAUCCAACACGAAUAAGAAAACAUCGAAAAAUAUCUCAGGGAGCUCUGAAUGCUGUAAUCUCUGCACUUUAAGAGGUCACGUCCUCCAAUAUAAUACCGUAGUGGGAACACUUUCCUCCCCAGACCAGGGAGCCUCACAGGUCACAUUUGCUCAUAGGAAAGACAUUCAGAAUCAGCCAUGGGAAAGAAGAACCAGAACCGUGAAGAUGGUGAGGCAGCUUCCUCAGAAGAGGAAGAGUAUGUAGUGGAGAAGGUCUUGGACAGGCGAGUUGUGAAGGGCCGUGUGGAAUAUUUCCUGAAGUGGAAAGGCUUUUCAGAAAAACACAACACAUGGGAACCAGAGAAGAACCUGGACUGUCCAGAGCUUAUCUCAGAGUUCAUGAAGACCUAUACAAAGGGAAGCAGUGGAAGCACACCCAGCAGCAAGCCCUCCAGCACAGGCUCUUCUUUGGCCCGUCCCAAAGACAGUAGCAGCAGCACCAGCAAGAGGAAAAACUCAGAGGAAGAGAACGGGAGUGGCAGUAAGCCCAAAAAGAAAAAGGAGGAUGAGAUCCUUGUAGCAAGAGGGUUUGAGCGAGGCCUGGAGCCUGAGAAGAUUAUUGGAGCAACAGACUCCUGUGGAGACCUUAUGUUCCUUAUGAAGUGGAAAGACUCUGAUGAGGCAGACCUUGUGCUUGCAAAGGAAGCCAAUCACAAGUGCCCACAGAUCGUCAUUGCCUUCUACGAGGAGCGUCUGACCUGGCACGAAGACGGCGACAAGAAGGAAAAGAGUGCCACGCCGGUUUAAAGGGCAGAGGGGGGAGGAAAGACGCUGAGUCCUCCAAACCUUGUGCCCUUUGUCACACCGGUGACACUCUCAUAGCCAACUUUAACGGACCAUUUAGUAAAAAAAAAAAACGGCCAGCAAGCAAUGGAGGUUACUGCCCACCAUGACAACAUCCGUCCACCCUUCAUGAAAAAGCAUCUCUCACCAGACAAACCGAAAGGCCAUGGCGAACAGCGGCUGCAGCAGAGCGGUGGAAUGUGAUCUCUUUUCUCUUACUCUCUCUGAUCUUCCUUCUGUUUUGUCAUAAUUUGUGUAUUUGUGCUCCUACAACUAUGUUCUUAUGAUGUGUCGUGUGCUAGCGUAGAUGUGAAAUGAUGAAAACCCGUACAUGUCAAACUUUUAUUCACACAGUUGAUUUUGUAGUGGUGCUGGACAUGACUGAAAAUAUCAGUUGUGUUUUGCGUUUAACAUCUAUAACGCUGGAUAAAGACGUGACGCUGUUGGUUUUAUUUCAAGCUGUCACCCUCUUCUGAUUUCUGCUUUGUUUUUUCAAUCAGGUAGAAUUAAUUUUGCUGUAUUACAAUUUUUGACUGUAAUCUCCCAUGUGGGCCAAAAUUCUGUGAUUUUUUUUUUUGUUUGUUUGUUUUCUGAUUGUCAGUAAAGCCACAUAAAGGAACUAUACCGUAUAAUCACUUUCCCCAUAUUAAAAUUAGAACAUUGACAUCCAUUUUUUUCCCUUUCUCCCUCUAAUGUCUUUGCAAAACUCUCCUACUUUCAGAAUUGGCCCUUUUUUAACCACUCUUACCUUUGAACUUAUCACUGUUGCUUGCAGGAGGGCAGACAAUCUUCAUCAUGCGAGUGUGUAAUGGGACAUUUUUAUCUGUUUCUACACACUUUUUCCAUGAUACUCAUUUUGCUCCAGAAGUUUAACUGAUAUACUCCCUCUUGUGGCUGAUUUGGUGAACACAUUCCCUGUUUGACCCCAUGAACUCAGAGCUGUUCUCAUUCACGUGGUAGUUUAAGCAUAUGUCGGGUUCUUAUUACUUUUUUAACCUAGAGUUGACUCAAUAAAAUGGUGUUUAUCAAGGUUACAUGCCUAUACUAGAGUUUUGUGCCCUGUAGUGCUUUUUUGUGUGCUUUGCAAAGCCAUUGAACAAAAGCUAUAUCUUCGAGAUAAUUUACAACAGGAAGAGCUUGUUUUAUUUUAAAUGUAUGGAUGCAGUCCACUCACAGCAGUAGAAUAGGGAGAAAGGCUUAGUUUGAGUUGUUUGUAAUGAGGGGGAGUUUUUAAACCCGGUUGAACAUAAUGUGUAGUUACUUUUUUCUUUUUGGUUUGUUUUUUUGUUAUAUUACAAAAGAGGAUGGUCCUUUUGUAAUGAUCAUGAUCAUUUAUACACAUGACUCAGUUCUAGCAGUUGUUUUUACAAUGUGCAACAAUAGUUGUCUUUUGCUAUGUUAAAUGCAUAGCCUGUCCUGUACCAUAUUGUAGUAAAUCUAGUUUCAACACUAACAGUUGAACGUUUCUGGAAACCCUUAACCCUGGCUUU